CGGACAGUCGAAUGUGUGUGAAACUGUUUUCUUCCUUCGCCGCCGCCGUGAAACGUUGCGAAAAAAGCAGAUCUCCGGUGAAUUUUCUAAUGUACGCUAUUGAAUCGUGUCCGUUUGGGUUUAGAUACAAGUGCAUAACGAUCCGGAAGCCGGAAGUUACAAAAUAAGUCCAGGAGGUAACAGUGAUAUCCAGUGGAACUAGGUUAAAAUCGAACGUGCAAAUUUUCUCCUGCAAAGUGCUGCUGCCUGCAAGCCAAAAUGGGCGCGUAUCUAUCGGAACCACUCACAACGAAGGAUUCGAGCGAAGAGGCAAAUGAUUUGCUUGCUUGCGGUUCCAGCUCGAUGCAAGGCUGGCGGAUCAGCCAGGAGGACGCUCACAACUGCAUCCUGAGCUACGAUGAGAAAACAUCAUUUUUCGCCGUUUAUGACGGACAUGGAGGAGCGGAAGUGGCCCAUUAUUGCAGUUUGCAUCUUCCUACAUUUCUCAAAAAGUUGCAAUCAUACAAGGCAAAGGACUUUGAGCAAGCUCUUAAGGACGCAUUCAUAGGAUUCGAUGCGUCUUUGCUCAACGAGAAGGUCAUAGAUGAGUUGAAGAGAUUGUCUGAUAAAACAAACGGAGAAGAAGCAAUUGAAGACGACGAUGAGGAGGAAGAGGACGAUAAUGUUGAUGAUCUAUGCAAGGAGGCGUGUAUGCCCCUAAACGAGGUGUUGCAAAUGUACAAAAAGGAUAAAAAGAAUCCAGCACUCAGCAAGAUAAAGGAAGGAAACAGUUCGAAGCCGGCAUCGCCAUUUCUGAAGGGCAAACGAAAGGGUUUAGCGGAAGGAGAUGAGCCCGGACCCAGCUCUAGCAACGCAGGAGCUUCCACAGCCGGCCCUUCGAAGUCAGCCGAAGCUGAUAGCAAGAAACCCGGUAGUGCAGAUGCUGCAGACUCCACUGUGAGCAGCUCAAGCAACAAAACCGAAGAAGCUGCCCAGAAACCGGAAUCAUCGUCGUCGGCAACUAAGAAGAAUGUCGACCAAAGCGAUGAGAUAAGCGAAUCCGAUGGAAUCGCUGCCAUUAAAGCAAAAGCGGAAGAAUGUGCUCCGGACAGUUCCUCUGCCCCUGUCGCUAACGGUGAUGUCGGAGAUUCUGCUAACAAAUCGGCAGUAUCAUCUUCAGUUUCCGCACAGGAGAAUGGGGAAGUCUCAAGCAAUAGCGCAAGAGAAAGCAGCACCAACAAGAACAUGCCUGAUCUAGCGGAAUCGUCAUCAGGCAGCAAGAGCGCUGCAAGUGUGGAUAGCUCGUCAGCGGGAUCCUCCUCUUCCGCUGCACCGGUUGGUGCGAAGAAACGAAGCGUAAAGAACGGAGUACCAAAUCUCGCGGUUUACGAUUCCGAUGACGACGAUACGGAAACGGAUGACGAGUUUCCACCCGUUCAGGAUUCGAACGAGACUUCAAGCACGGAGGAUGGCGAAGAAGAUGCCUUCGGGGAAGAAGUAAGCGAAGAAGAAGAGGAUGAAGAAGGCGAAGGCGAGUAUGACGAAGAAGAGGAAGAUUACAUGAACGAGGAAGAUGAAGCAUUCAUGAAUAACAUCACGGAUGAGCCAGGCAAGGACAGCGGUUGCACGGCCGUUGUUGCGUUGCUGCAUGAUAAGGAACUGUUCGUAGCUAAUGCCGGUGACUCACGGUGUGUCGUAUGCCGAAAAGGAAAGGCGUUGGAAAUGAGCAUUGACCACAAGCCGGAAGAUCAAGUCGAAUUUGACAGGAUACAGAAAGCUGGUGGUCGGGUUACACUGGACGGUCGCGUGAAUGGUGGACUCAACCUUUCGCGAGCUAUCGGCGAUCAUGGCUACAAGAUGAACAAGAAGCUCCCACCAGAGGAACAGAUGAUUUCCGCUCUACCGGACAUCAAGAAGAUCACUAUUUGCCCGGAUGAUGAAUUCAUGGUGUUGGCUUGCGACGGGAUCUGGAAUUUCAUGACCAGCGACGACGUUGUUGAGUUCGUGCAGGAUCGCAUUGCGGAUCCAACCAAAAAACUGUCGGAUAUCUGUGAAGAGAUGUUCGAUUACUGCCUGGCACCGCACACAAAGGGCGAUGGUACCGGUUGCGACAACAUGACCGCAAUCAUAGUUCAGUUCAAGCCAAACUUGGCUGGUGCGGCAUCGAGGAAGCGAGCUUGUUCACCAGAACCUGAAACGACUGGCACUGAAAGCGACUGCAAGAAGCCCAAAACCGAAUCAAACGCCAGCUCAACGACGGUGGGUAGCAAUGGUAGCACCAGCAGCAGCAGCAACUGUGAAACGACUACCAAAGGUACCGCAAGUAACAAUGACGAGAAAGAGGCCGCUGCUGCCGUGGCAUCGAUCGAAUCCAGUUCCGCUAUGGACGCCGGUGAUGACAAUAUGGCAUCCUCUUCAACGUGAAUCUGUCAAUGAGUGCAUUACACGCUAGCAAACCCAUAUAACUACAUCUAUCAUUCAAUCGUGAGCGCAGUAAGUACUUUUGUUACUCUGAAAUCAAGUUCCGUGCAAAUACCCCGUCAUCUACUUACAAAACCUGCAGCCAAAACGGAAUUCAACCGAAGAUGAUCCUUCUCAUGUACAGGAAACUCGUAGCAUUUCCUGUCCCCUGUUUCAUCCUACUCUCGCCCAUCCACCGGACGAUUUUAAAUUGUAAACCAUUGAUCAGUACCCAUUUGUCCUAAUGUGUAAGUUUAGAUGGAUCUAGAUUAUUAUGAAAAGUUGUAGCCAAACACAUUUACACUUAAUGACACUAUUGCGUAUGUUCAGUAUUUGAGAGUAGCCGAUGCCAACAAACGUCAAAGCCACACCUAUGUUGAUUUGCUAUGCUAAAGUAUUGGACAGAUUUACAAAUUUGAUCAUUCAAAUGUAAAUUACAGCAUUAUUCCCGAUCAGAAAAAGCGAUUGAGAAUCAUGCAAUAAUAUAAAAUUUUACUAGAUUGGCAGAACAAGAACUUUACAUUCACCUGAUAAACAGUAGUGUCUAGAUGGCAAAAAGAAAUGUAUCUGUAGUGAAACUUACCUGUAACACAAAGACAUGAGCAAAACUUUCCAUCUUAUGUAAAUAUUACUCGAAACAAAAGAAAACAAAAAUAAGAUUGAUAACAUAUUUUGUGUGGAAAGGCAAACAAACAAGUAGCAUCUCUGUGGGUCGUAUAUUUUACCGGAAAUGACAUACAUUUUCUGCAAACAUUACAAGUCCCUCUCUUUCACCCUCUGCAUGCCUACGCAACACACGCCGACAGAUAACACAGAUUUGUAGUUACAAGAGAAAGGGCAAUAAAGUGUCUUUCGAUCGAAA